GGAGCUGCUCCAGGGCAAUAGUAGAGCUACCCCUCUAUCCGAUUCCCGAGUGGUGAUGCCAUGGAGAAGAAAGAAUUGGUCACCGAGAAGACGUGUACCUGGAUGCGAUGGCUGUAGUCAGCAACCAUGCGGUGGGAUGAAGUGGUAUAAAACCCGGAUAUGAUCAAUUGAUAUGGUAGAUUACUUCUUCAACCUCGUGUUUGUGUGCCUGGGUUGUUCAAAAUGCGUUUCUCCAGCAAUUCCCUUCUUCUCGGAGCAGUAGCCCUGGUUUCUGCCAUUCCCGUGCAGGACAGUCCUCGCCAGAGGCUUCUCGACGGCAAGCCGCUUCCUGGCAAAUACCGGAGCAAGAAUCCAUAUACCCCCGGCUAUCGUGAUCCCUAUGACACAGCCGUGGAUUCCAUCGGGAAGGGCCUCGACCCCUUGCCCUGGCGCAAUGGCGAUGGCGCCUCAGUUCUUGGUCCGUGGAACAGAGAGCGAGCAAGACAAAAUCCAGACCUCGUCCGUCCCCCUUCCACAGACAGCGGCAACAUCCCCAACCUCCGCUGGAGUUUCGUAGACUCCCACAUCAGAAUCGAGGAAGGAGGCUGGACCCGGCAAACCACCAUCCGCGAGCUCCCCACCUCGAUCGAGCUCGCCGGCGUAAACAUGCGCCUCGACCACGGCGCCAUCCGCGAGCUCCACUGGCACAAAGAAGCCGAGUGGGCCUAUGUCUUGUCAGGCUCCGUCCGCGUGACAGCCCUGGACUACGAAGGCGGCAACUUCAUCGACGACCUCUCCCAAGGCGACCUGUGGUACUUCCCCUCCGGCGUCCCCCAUUCCCUCCAAGGCCUCGACCCCAACGGGACCGAAUUCCUCCUCAUCUUUGACGACGGCCGCUUCUCGGAAGAAAGCACGUUUAUCCUCACCGACUGGUUCGCGCACACGCCCAAGAGCGUGAUAAGCAAGAACUUCCACCUCGCCCCCGAGGUGUUUGAGAGGGUGCCCAAGAGGGAGAAGUACAUCUUCCAGGGGAGCAAGCCGGGGAGCAUAGAGGAGGAGGAGCCAAAGGGGAAGAAUGUCAAGAAGAGCAAGUACCAGUUCACGCAUCGGAUGCUGGAGCAGGAGGCGCAUGUGACGAGCGGGGGGAAGGUGAGGAUUACGGACUCGAAGAAUUUCCCGAUCAGCAAGACGGUGGCGGCGGCGCAUCUGGACAUGGAGGUGGGGAGCCUGAGGGAGAUGCAUUGGCAUCCCAAUGCGGACGAGUGGAGCUUUUUCAUCAGGGGGAGGGCGAGGGUGACGGUUUUUGCGGCCGAGGGGACGGCGAGGACGUUUGACUACCAGGCUGGGGACGUGGGCAUUGUGCCGAAGAAUAUGGGGCACUUUAUUGAGAAUAUUGGGGAUGAGCCGUUGGAGGUGUUGGAGAUUUUUAGGGCGGAUGAGUUUAGAGAUUUUUCGCUUUUCCAAUGGUUGGGUGAGACGCCGAGAAGGAUGGUGGUUGAUACCUUGUUUGCGGAUGACAAGGAGGCCGGGGAGAAGUUUUUGAAGGAGAUAGACAAUCCGGUCAAGGACGAAAUUACGCUGCCAGAUGUUAAGAAUGACGAGGAAGAAGACGACUUGUAAGGAGGACACUGGGGAGAAGAAUAUUGUUCAUGUCAUUAUAUCGAGAAGCUUUAUAUACCGAGAAAAUAUCUUGCACCCGAGAAAGAACGCAACGAGAUGUCCCUUAUCACCGGCCUGACCCACAAGCCCGCAAACGCCAUGCUUCCAUAUCCC